AUGUCAAACAAGCCAUCUGAAGGCCCUUCAUCUUCCAGCAAGAAGGUGUCGCAAUCUAGCAGCAAGAAGCCUUCGGCGAUUUCCAAGCAAGUGCUCAAGACAAACCCUAUUCCACAAUCAGUGCAAGCAGCCAACAGCAGCAGUUCCAACUUGACCAAAAAUCUCAAUGCACUCAGUGAUAAAUCUAAAGCAAAACCUACUCAACCGUUAAGAAGUACCAAGGUAUCCCAGAAACUGGUCUUGUUUCCGCAAUCCACAGCUGAUGAACCAGAAACGAGCAUGCAAUCCACCUUACCCGUGGACGCCAACCUCGAUCGUAAAACUGCACAACAGCAACAACAAGAGGCUGAGGCCGCUGAGCUUCGUCGUAGGUCAACCACUUCAUUUGACGAGCAUCAACAGCAGCAAUGGCAAGAUGAACAAAGUCAGCCUCGCACGGCAGGUGUUCCACUGCCCAUAGAGUGGACAUUUGGUUCACGUACACAGGCAGAACGCAUGACAAAAGAUGAGCGUGAAUUAGCCUUGCUACCCCGAGCAGCAGCUUAUUGCACUGGUGAAGGAUACGAUCUCGCUCGACUUCGACCCUUCUUGCGUCAACACCACCGUGUAUCGCCUCGAUUAUACGAUGAAUGCUUAUACGCUGCUUAUCAUUUCCCGCUGAGAACAUUGCGUCCAGAUAAAGACAACUUAUACAACAUUCGAGUGAGAAGCAAUGUGCCUCAAGCACUAGGCAACCACCGUCAUAAUACAAACGACGAAGAAGAGAUGGACUACGAUGAGGAUCAUUUACAGCAAAGUGAUGUUCCCGUCGUUACUCAACCUCGACCUGGCCAGCCGUAUCCCGACGAUUACUAUCCAAACCGCAAGGAUUUCUAUGAAGAGGAGGAAGAAGCUAGACAGCAGCAAGAGCAGCAACAGAGGCUACAUGAAGAGUUCCAAAAGCAGCAGAACGAUUCACCCACUACGCCUCAGGAAGAAGUAGAAGAGGGCGAGGAGGUAAAGGGCAUCUUUGAUAACCCGUUUGUAGAGGAAGGAGAUGAUCUCGACAAACCAAAUGAAACUAUACCCGAGCAAGAGCAGCAACACAAAGAAGAAGAGCAGCAACAACACCAACCUCCUCGCGAGAUAUUCAAAGGUGGAGAAGUGUUUAUAUUUGACUAUGGUGUGGUAGUAUUCUGGAACUUCCGUCGUGCCGAAGAAUUGUUGAUGCUGGAGGAUUUCAUGCAAUUCUCUAUUGAUCCUUUCCGCGACAACCCAGACGAAGACAUGCAGAUUGAAGAAAUCCACUUUCAGUACGACACAUCGCAAAUGAAGCCUCGUAUCUUUAACGACAUGAUUACAUUGAAGAGCAGUAAUCAUAUGAUCAAACUGACAUUAUCGCAUGGUUUAUCGCAAAGUGCUGUUGUAGCUCGUUACGAGGAUAUUAUGGAUAAGACAAUUGAAGACACAAAGCAUUUGCCUAAAGAGAUGGCUGAAACGGGUCGUUUAGGUAAAACGCGUGCAGAGAUCACUAAAAUCAAUGGCCAGCUGUUUACACUGAGAAUGAACGUGAAUCUUGUGUCAAAUGUGUUGGAUACACCCGAGAUCUUUUGGUCUGAGCCUGCGUUGCAGCCAAUGUACACAGCAAUCAGAGAGUAUUUGGAGAUUCCUCAGCGUGCUCAAAUCUUGAACGACCGUUUGCGAGUCAUUUCUGAUUUGUUGUCCAUGUUGAGAGAUCACUUAACUAAUUUUGGUGUGGAAUAUCAGACGCUAAUCAUCAUCUACUUGAUUAUUGUCGCUGUCAUUGUAGCUUGUUUUGAAAUUGGCGUCAAGAUUUUGCAAUCCAUCGAUGUUCUCUAA